GUAUGCGCGGAAGCGUCGCCUGGCGGCAGGUUCUCGUUUUCCCGCCUUUUCCUCCUCCUCCCCCUCCUCCUCCUCCUCGGGCUUUUUGCGACGGAGCGAGCGAAGCAGCGACGUCAGGGAUAUGGAAAGGUCGGCGGCUGCUUCUGGCGCUCCAGAAGAGGAGGGCGGCAACGACAGCAACACUUCCACGGGCGGCGAAGAGGGGGACAGGAACGCCGAGGAGCCCGUCGUGUCGCUAGCCGAGGUGCUGGCCGAAAGCGAGGAGUUGGAGAAUGAAGCGCGCGCCGUGCUGGGCGGGAGCGACCACGAGCGUUGCAGUUACUCUCAGGGUGCUGUAAAGAGGCAGGCAUUGUAUGCCUGCAGUACAUGUACACCACCAGGUGAAGAACCAGCAGGGAUUUGUUUAGCAUGCAGCUAUGAAUGCCAUGGCUCUCACAAGUUAUUUGAGUUAUAUACAAAAAGAAACUUUUGUUGUGAUUGUGGAAACAGCAAAUUCAAAAGUCUGAAAUGCAAACUACAUCCUGAAAAGGCAACAGUGAAUCCAGCAAAUAAAUAUAAUGAUAAUUUCUAUGGAUUAUAUUGUGUUUGUAAAAGACCUUACCCAGACCCUGAUGAUGAGAUUCCAGAUGAAAUGAUCCAGUGCAUAGUUUGUGAAGAUUGGUUUCAUGGAAGGCAUCUUGGUGUUGUCCCUCCAGAUAGUGGAGAUUUUCAUGAAAUGAUAUGUCAGUCUUGCAUGGAUCAUUGCCCUUUCUUGUGGGCAUAUGCCUCGCAGUUAGCAGUUCCAACUGUGACCAAAGUUAUUGCUGCAGCUGAUAAUGGAACUGUGCUGAAUGUUGAAGAAACUGAAGUAAUCAAAAAUGAAAAUAGUAUAGAUCAAAUGAAGACUGAAGAUAAAAUAAUACAAAUUAAUGAACCAUCUACCAGUUCUGGAAAUGAAUGUUCAGUGCCAGUUAAGAAGGAAAUAGUGGUGUGCAAGCUGCAAGAAUUUCAAGCCAAGCAGAACCUGAAGCAAAAUAUAGCCACCUUCUGGCCACACAACUGGCGAAGCAAAUUGUGCACCUGCAAAGAAUGUGUGAAAAUGUAUUCUGAUAUGGAAGUCCCAUUCCUAACAGAUGAAUGUGAUACUGUCUUGGCUUAUGAAAAUAAAGGGACAAAUGACCAAGAAGCAGAUAGAAGAGAUCCUCUAAUGGACACACUUAACAGUAUGAAUAGAGUACAGCAGGUAGAACUCAUCUGUGAGUACAAUGAUUUGAAAACAGAAUUGACAGACUAUUUGAGAAGAUUUGCAAAUGAAGGAACAGUUGUUAAACGAGAGGACAUCCAGCAAUUUUUUGAAGAAUUUCAAUCUCGAAAGAGGAGGAGGGUAGAUCAGAUGCAGUACUACUGUAGCUAGAUUAAAUUGGAAGUCUUAAGAGACUACAUAUACAGUUAUCUGCUAAAUUCUGGGGUUUCCCUCCCAAUUUAAAUCUAACUUCUUGUUCAUCUUGAUUUGUGUCCUAGAAGGCUAAGUUUAUUAUUUGCAGCCAUAUGCAUACACCAAUUUCCUAGUAACUAUGCUGAGAAGUGAAAUGAUCAUGGAUUCACAGAUUGUCACUUAUGUCAAAGAAAGAGCUGGUUAGUUUUCAGAAGAUACCUACUGAUCGGUUUUUAAGACAGUAUGGGUGACAAUAUUUUUUUAUGACUUAAAGGAAAACCCUAGAUAAAGGUCUUAAUGAAUUAGCAUUCAGGGUCAAGAUACUUGUUUCUCAAAGAUUUAUUUGAAUGCAAGAUUUAGUAUCCACUUGGUUUUAGGACAUUCAUUAUGGUAUAUUCUGCUAGCUGUUGCUGUUAAAAAGCCAAUUUGGAUCAUUAUAUGGCUUGCUGAAUUAGUUGGCACAACUUUUAGCUAAAAUUAGACAUUCAUGAUUGUUGAAUGAAUAUGAUUGUGGCCAGAGUGUGUAUUAUAAACAGUGGUUAACUGUAGGCAAUGAUAGCGCAGAGGCUUAGUGAUAUUAUCAUCGAUACAUUUUGACUGAUUGCCAGCACAGAAUGUGUAAGUUGCUUUUUGGUAGGCUAUAUUUAUCAGGUUAAUCUAUUUACUUUUUAAGACUGAAAGGAGUAUCUGAAACAGACAUAAUGUAAUUGCAAAUGUUUAGGAAGAGCAGCCUACAAAGCUAUUUACCAAACUGUAAAAUAUGGCUGUGAUCUUUUGUAAUUAUGUUAGAGAAUACAAAUCCUUAAUACUGCAAAGAAUGUUUAAAACAUCAUUUAACUGUACAUCUAUUUUCUAUUGGUUAAAAUUAUCACCUAACUACUAGAAAUUCACAGCAAUCAUGCUGUAUACCAAUAACUCAAUAAAAUGGUAUUUUAAUUUUUAAGUUGGUGAGUGUGGUAAUAGUGAAGGCUAGUUCUAAACAUUUAAAGCUGAAAACACAUUAUGCAUUUGCUCAUCUAAUAGAAUGUUUCUGCCCAGUUCCCAUCAUCUUAGAAAACUUUGGCUGUUCAUGGACUAUGGUUUUUCUCAUUAUAUUUUAAAUUAAUUAAGAGUCACUGCUACAGCCAUAAGAUGUGGUUCUCUUGAGUGCAGUAUGGCUUUAUAUUGCUGUUAGAAUGGUAUGAAAAAUAACUAACUUUACAUUAGAAAUAAUAAGCAAUUGUCUUACAGAAUUAUUUAGGUAUGAUUGAUGCAGUAUGGUAAGUAUGCAUUGAAGAAGCAUUAGCAGGCAGUGUGUUUCAAUUUCAGCAAUCUUUGUUGACAUAAGGAGAACUUUCCAAAUAUUGUCAAGCUGCAAUUUGCUACAUGUUUUUACUCCUGACAAAAUAUAAUAGGACAGUAGGAAAUGAAAAUCUAUCCCUGCUAGACAGCAAUACCAAACAGAAAUUACCCCAAUGAAGUUGAGUUAUGACUCUAGGAUGUUAAAAUGCCAAAUGAUUAUCUUUUCUAUUCUACCCAGUAAGGAAUCUGAAAGUCCACAUAAAUCAACUAUUAGAUCUAAGCAAACUGUAAUAUAACUCAAAUUGAUCAAUUACAGAUUUAUUGUAACCAUUUGAUGUUACAAAAAGGUAACCUUUCUAAAGGAUAACCUACACCAGUACAUAAAAAAAAAUUUCAUGCACAAAAGUAGGAAUGAAGUUCUGUCAGGUAUGUCUGUUUGCUGUCUCAAAAGUUUUAUCACUAUCAAUUUAUUAAUGAUAUUGCACAGGUUCUUCUUUCCUACCUUUGUAUUUGGACACUUCUCACAUUACUGUUUUGAUGAUAAGCUAUGAAUAGAAUGCAAUAAUAUAGGGAGAGUUUGGCACUCUAGAAAUUAGAGUGCCAUUUCAAAGGCAAGCAACACAGACUGGAGUGCCUACCAUGACACACUUUGCUGUGUAUCCUACAGUCUGAGACUUGUUUAAGUCCUGGAUAUGCUAAUUUGUUAUGUCAUCCAAGUAUAACCAGUGGUGACAUAAUAGGAUCAUUCAUGGGAAGGAAAAUGGUUUCUUCCAAACCAGGAACAAACCAUCACAUUCCAGAAGUUCUGCUAAGCCAUUGAGAUCAGCUGCAGUUCACCAGGGACAAAAGACUGAGUAAUGUAUGAAUUUGCGCUAAAACAAUCUAAAUGUACAGAGUAAUUCUACAAGGCAAGUAAGAUGGCUGGUGUGCAUCACUUUCUCCAGUGGAUCCAGCAUGGCACAUCCCACCCAACCACUUACUUCUCCAAAUCUUCCCAGUGCUUUCCCUUCCUUCAGUUACUGCUGCCAAUAUUCUUAGCUCUUUUUCCCUACCCUGUACGACUUUGUCCCAGAAAAAAAACCAUCCGUUUUAUUUCAUGUAUGGGCCAAAGUAUGCUUCAGUUUGGAUAUGGAUUACUUGAAACAUUUCAUACAGCCAUAUUUACAUUACCAUUCCUAUAAGUGGUUUGACUUAAUGACUGGCCAGAAAUCAAGUGAGCUCUGUAACAAACACUUUGGAACAGGAUACAGAAUAUAUUUAGUUAAGACAGCUUUGAUAGACCAUGAGGUCUUAAGGCAAUUCAUUUAGUUUCAAUAUCAGAAAGUCACUGAAAGGCAGAGUAAGCCAUUCACAGCUGGAAUGUGGUAUGGUUAAGCUUCCUGUCAAGCAGCAAGUAAUAUAGUCAACACUUCCAACGCAGAUGAGACAAAAAGAAAACACCUUUUAAUAUCUUGCUUAUAGGUGAAAUGGUCCCAGUAUAGAAAACAAAUCUGUAAGUAUAGAAUUAAAACCAACAAAAAAUAAGCUUUCUUCAGAACUCAAUUAACCUGAAAGUUAAAUGACUAGUGCAAAAGAUGAAAAGUGGGCAUAAAAGAAUCCUAAAAUUUGAGAUGAGAGUUUUAUGAAUAUAUUGAAAACCUUAAGAUUGUCUCCUUACCUAUAUUCUACCUCCAUAACCUUUCCAAUUAUUUGAGAACAUAUGCUAGGAUCUUCAUCAUGGUCUGCUUUUUCUUUUCCUUCUACUUUUAAUGUUCAUUAAAUGGCACUUGAAUUGUUUCAAAUAAAGAUAUUGCUACU